AUUAUAUAUAUUCAGUGGGCCGCAAAAUAUGGAAGCUAGAAAACCUUUUAGUUCAGUAUCCAGUUCCUAUAAUACAUCCAUGAUGUCUUCUCCCUCUCAGCUAGAAGCAAGUCAACAGAAAGUAGCAGAACUUCAGAAACAGAACAUCUCCUACACGACCAUCCAGCGCUCAGUCAGAGGAGACAUCUUUGUGGAGGUGGUUGAUCUGAACGGUGAAUACGUCAGUCUCAUCAACAAGUCAGAUAAGGAACAAGAACUGAAUGGCUGCAAGUUACAAAUGCGAGUCAACGAUGGGGAACCCAUCAUAUUUAGAUGUGACAGCUACAAACUCAAGGCUGGACAGACUAUCACUAUCUGGGCUCCUGAUUGUGGUGUUAAGUGCAACCCCGCUGCUAGUUUGAAGGGUUGGAACCAGAAAUCCUGGGGCCCUGAAGACAAACUGCUGGUGACACUCCUCAGCUGCUCCGGAGAGGAAAUGGCCACCAACCAAACACAAGCAGACAUUAUGUUUUGUGAUCAGCAUUACUGAGAUCAUCCUGCAGUCAGCACAUAGUGCAGUGACUGCUCCUACAGUUUGUUAACACAUGGUCACAAAACAUUUUGAUCUAGAAUCCAAAAACUGAGCCACACUUCUUCUUUUUUGUUCUUGUGCUGUAUUCAACAAUUCAAAACAUGUUCUGAUUGAAAUAGGAUGAAAUGUGCAGAUCUGUAUUCCGGUUUUGUAUUUUAUUUGUAAAGCACAAUUGUUUUAUUGCUACUGUAUAUAUAUUAUAUAUAUUAGUGAGAAACCGCAUCAUUGAUAAGGCAAAACACUUAAAUCUCAGUUAUUGAACUGAAGAAGGUGCAUUUCCAUCCACAUUUUCAAUUAAAUGAAGUGUAAAAAAAACCUGAGGGCAAAUGCAGAAAGUUCAAAAAUAUCCUGAAAUACUGCAAAAAGUUUUUACGCUUGGCUAGAUGGAAAACUUUGGGUAUCAAUAAAAGCAAAAUGUGUCAAAGUCCAAUGGAAACAGAUUUAGCAAAUAGAUCAUGAUGUCCAUGAAGAAUGUGACUUAAAUGUUCACUCAUGCUUUCAUUGUGGAGACAAAAACAGCAACAAACAUAUCAGAACGAUGAGGAGGCUGUAAUGCCUCUCAAAGACAAAUGUUAUAUUUCCAUCAUGUUUUUCACUGUUUGAGGUUUGACUGACUCUUUUUAUUAUGUCGAGUUACAUGGAAAAUUAGCGCCACUAGCUGUUUAUCUUCAUGAACCAACUAACAUUUGCAAAACAGCGAUGGAUGGAAACGUGCAUUAAUUCCAGUUUUCUUUUAAAAUGAUCAGAUUUUCACCAAAUUAGGAUGUAAACGUCGCAUCUGAGCCUCAAGCCUGCUACAGCCAGGAGCUCAGGGCCAUGACAACAAAUGGUGGUGUCAUCUUUUUUUAAAUACCUACUUACAUCAUGUUAAUUAAUUGCUCUGUUUCAUUAAAAAACAAUGAUAUAACACAAA